CACACAGCUGUAUAGGUACCUGACCUUACCAACGAACGAUCCCAUCAUCUCGCCCGAACGAAUCCCAUUCAGGAGGAGGCAGCAGCAGUAGCAGCAGCAACUGCAACAAUCACAAUGGCGAACGAUCCGCGACAGAUGUGGGAGGCGCUGCAGAAGAACAUGGCCAAGGUGCAGCAGCAAGGCAAAAAGUUUGGUGGAGGUGGACGCGCGCCACCACCACAGGCAGCUCUGACGGGACUUGGAGGUCUGGUACUGCUGGCAGGUGGCGCCUGGUUCUUCAACAAUGCUCUCUUCAACGUCGAGGGAGGUCACCGCGCCAUCAAGUACACGCGAAUAGGAGGUGUGGGCAAGGAAAUUUACGCCGAAGGAACACACAUCAAGAUUCCCUGGUUCGAAACGCCUGUCGACUACGAUGUGCGCGCCAAACCUCGAAACGUCGCAUCUCUCACCGGAACCAAGGACUUGCAAAUGGUUAACAUUACAUGUCGUGUCCUCUCGCGACCGCGGAUAGAUGCACUGCCUCAGAUCUACCGAACAUUGGGAACAGACUACGAUGAACGAGUUCUGCCCAGCAUCGUGAACGAGGUCCUCAAGAGCGUCGUGGCACAGUUUAAUGCCUCACAGCUCAUCACACAGCGUGAGAAUGUCAGCAGACUGGUACGGGACAACUUGGUGCGGAGAGCAGCCCGCUUCAACAUCAUGCUGGAUGAUGUCUCACUCACACAUCUCGCCUUCUCCCCCGAGUUCACCGCCGCCGUCGAAGCCAAACAAGUCGCUCAACAGGAAGCGCAGCGUGCUGCUUUCGUGGUCGACAAAGCCCGCCAAGAAAAGCAAGCCACUGUCGUUCGCGCUCAGGGUGAGGCUAGAUCUGCUGAGUUGAUCGGUGACGCCAUCAAGAAGAGCCGAUCAUAUGUCGACCUGAGAGAAUUUGAAAAUGCACGAAAUGUUGCAGCUAUCCUAGAGAAGUCACAAAACAAGGUGUAUCUGGAUGGGAACGGAUUGGGUCUCAACAUCACGCAGACGAACGCGGAGAAGGACGCCAACUGGAGACGAUGAGCCCAUUACUGACGUGGAAAGGAUAUGUACGAAGUGAGGUCGAGGUGUACUCCAAAAGCGCAGCUCCUACAAUGGCCGAGAGCCUCACCUAUGUAUAGUUACAAUACUCAACUUUUUCAAC